UGGUAUCCGAGUUCCAGAACUAAAAUCAUGCCCGAAAUGCCGUGAAGAAAUUUUAUCUAACCCACCUCAAUCAAUUACUAUUUUAAGCUGUGAUCAUGUGUUUCAUAGAGCUUGUAUCGAGAAGGAUAUUCUAUAUUCGACACCGGGAGAGGCAAGAUGUCCCAUCUUCGGUUGUCAUAGAGACAUUGAAACCAUAAAAAUCGACCUUUCAUUGCUAGAACCAGCUAAAUCGACUCAGCAAAGUGCGGAUACUGUAGAGGGCAUAUAUGACAAUGAAACGACCUCUAAUGCGUCUGAUAUUGCGGAGGUUAUCAUCAAAGACAAGACACCCAAAUUACCUGUCCCCACAUGGAUCAAAGAAAAGCUUAAUGCAAAAAAUAAUAAUCACGAAUUUAUGAAAGCUUUGGGAUUACUUGAUGAAUCUUUGGAGGUGGAACAAGUCCUGACAACAAAUCGAACUAGUGCGGAUAAAGGUAAAGUUAGAGUCACUAUAGAAGCAACAUCCGCAAAUGAGGAGCAAGAACGGGAACAUAAUACUUUGAAUAAGGAAAAAUCUCAGCAGGAAAAUAUAACCAGUGAUCAUGAAAAGACCAUUACGCCAACUGCAUCUGUUAGAGAUAGUACCACCGAAAAACCCAUUUUGUGA